AAUAGUAACGAGUGGAUAGGGAUAAGAUAGAGGAGGGAUGCCACGUGGCAUUGAAGAACUUCUUGUGCAGAAUGAAAUGAAUGAGUCUCCAAUUAUGUGCAAAUGUGCAAUGGCUGCUAUUCCAUCAGGAUGGUGUGCGGCCCACACAAGCAUGCGCAUCGAGAAGAAGCGGUUACCUUUCUUCAGAGUGGGAGCAAAACUGUGUGUGCGGUGCUGCAGUGAUGGCAGUGAGAAGGAGGAGAAGAAGAAGAAGAAGAGGCUGUCUGAGCAGUCUUCGUGGGAAGCAAAAGACGCACAAGGUAGAGACUAUCUUUACAGGCUCGGCAAAGAGGCCGAUAACAUGAACAUCGCCGUCGGCCAACGUGCCGGCGUCAUCGACUCCCUCUUCGUCGGCGAUUUUCUCGGCAAGGACUCCGACAUUGUCUUUGAUUAUCGCCAAAAGGUCACUAGGUCCUUUGAGUACCUUCAGGGCGAUUAUUACAUUGCUCCUCUCUUCAUGGACAAAGUUGUAUGUCACAUUGUGAAGAACUACCUUGCUCAUCUCCUCAAUACUAAAGUUCCUUUGAUUCUAGGUAUCUGGGGAGGAAAAGGGCAAGGGAAAUCAUUUCAAACAGAACUUAUAUUUCAGGCCAUGGGAAUUGAACCUGUAAUUAUGUCUGCUGGGGAACUAGAAUCAGAGAGAGCUGGAGAGCCAGGAAAGCUGAUUCGUGAACGCUAUAGAACAGCAUCUCAAGUGGUCCAGAAUCAAGGAAAAAUGAGCUGCUUGAUGAUCAAUGAUAUUGAUGCUGGCCUCGGUAGAUUUGGGAAUACUCAAAUGACAGUCAAUAAUCAAAUCGUUGUUGGGACACUUAUGAAUCUAUCAGACAAUCCUACAAGAGUAAGUAUUGGCCAAGAUUGGCGAGAAUCGGACGUCACCAACAGAAUUCCAAUCAUUGUGACAGGGAAUGAUUUUUCAACUAUUUAUGCUCCACUGAUACGUGAUGGCAGGAUGGAUAAGUUCUAUUGGCAACCUAACCAUGAAGAUAUUGUGAAUAUCGUUCAUAGAAUGUACGAAAAAGAUGGCAUACCUAAGGAUGAAGUAAUAAGGAUUGUGAACACAUUUCCUAAUCAAGCAUUGGACUUCUAUGGAGCUUUAAGAUCACGUACAUAUGACAGAUCUAUUUUAAAGUGGAUUGAAGAUAUUGGAGGCAUUGAAAAUUUUGGAAAGAAUUUUCUCAAGAGAAAAAAGGACCAGAGUCUUCCUGUAUUUAUUCCUCCAGAGCAAACAAUGGAGGCUUUAGUUGAGUCAGGUUAUUCUCUGAUCAAAGAACAACAGUUAAUAAUGGAAACUAAACUUUCAAAGGAAUACAUGAAGAAUAUACAAGAAUAAUAUAGAGGAUGCCGAUGUGGUGCAACAGUGCAACUCAUCAAGAAUUAUGAAUGGAUCUGUCUGAAACCCUUCUGAAGUUGCAAUGAUAAUAACUCUCAUCUGAUCAGUGUAUUUAUCUCUACCAAAUUCUGUUUUUGUAACUAGUAUAACAAUGAUAAAUGUUUAGUUUAUAUAACUAGUAUUCAUCUUC